UACCUUGCCCACCUCCGCCACCACCUUCUUUGAAAUUUCCGCUCGUCUCCACUACUACUCCCCAGUUCCCACCCACACGCACCAGUCGCCAUGGAUCCCAGCUCCGAAGUCAUACUGGACUGCCCGUUCUUCCGCAUCUACAGCGACCGGCGCAUCGACCGCCUGAUCGGCACGACCACUGUGCCGCCCAGCUUCGACGCCAGUACCGGCGUCACGUCGAAGGAUGUCGUCAUCGACGGCGACACCGGACUCUACGUUCGCCUCUACCUUCCGGAGACGGCCUCCCGGUCCGACGCCGACAGCAAGAAGCUCCCCGUGCUGGUCUACUUCCACGGCGGCGGCUUCGUCGCCCAGUCGGCGGCGUCUCCGAUGUACCAGCAGUUCCUCAACUCCCUGUCCGCGAGGGCCGGCCUGCUCGUCGUCUCCGUGAACUACCGCCUCGCGCCCGAGCACCCGCUGCCGGCCGGCUACGAGGACUCGCUCCGCGCGCUCAGGUGGGCGGUCUCUGGUAAAGGGGACCCCUGGCUGUCGCAGCACGGCGACCUCGGCCGCCUCUACCUGGCCGGCGACAGCGCCGGCGGGAACAUCGUCCACAACGUCGCGAUGAUGGCCGCGUCCGAAGGCGAGGCGGCCCCGGGCACGGCGGCGGCGGCGGCGCGGGUCGAGGGUGCGGUCCUGCUCCACGCGGGGUUCGGCGGGAGGGAGCCCAUCGACGGCGAGACGCCGGAGUGGGCUGCGUUCUCGGAGAAGCUGUGGGUGUUCGCGUGCCCCGAGGCGACCGACGGCGCGGACGAUCCGCGGAUGAACCCCUUGGUCGCCGCGGCAACGAGCCUGCGGAACCUUCCGUGCAAGAGGGUCCUCGUCUGCGCGGCGGAGCGUGACUUGCUGCGGCCGAGGGACAGGGCGUACUACGAGGCCCUCGCUGCGAGCGGCUGGAGCGGCAAGGUGGAGUGGUUCGAGUCCAGGGGCCAGGAGCACGCCUUCUUCCUCUUCGAGCCCGGCUGCGAUGAGGCCGUGGCGCUCAUGGACCGGCUCGUCGCUUUCUUCGCCGGGAAUUGAAUGCGUCAUGCGUGACAACGGCCGCGUUGGUCGAGCUGAAUGGAACAACAAGCCAAGAUGCAACUGAUUGCUGAAUUCAAUAAUCAGAAAUUUCUGUUGAAUAAUUGUGCUCGGAGUCUCAGACUAAUAUAUGUUGUGCUAUCGCCUAUCGCUUUUGGCUA